UCCCAUGCUGAGUCACAGGCAGCGCCUCGGAAAGCACGGACGAGCCACAUGCAGGAAAACUUGCACGUGUGGUUCUGGCCGGGGACCCCGGUAUACUGUACUAAUAUGUGUAGCUUCUCGUAAUUCGAGUGAGAUUGUCAUGGCGCAAAAGCAGAUAUGGUCCGGUAUUCCUUUGUUCCCUGUAUUGGUUAUGUUCUUUAUAUCUCGUCUAGCAGAAACUAAUCGAGCUCCGUUUGAUCUCCCAGAAGCGGAAGCUGAAUCAGUUGCAGGCUAUAAUGUAGAAUAUGCGCCGGAUGCGAUCCUUAAUAGUUCACUGUUGGCGGAAGCCAAUGUCCCGGGGUCUUGGGGACUCAUUCUGACUGAAACAAGGGGCGGGUCUUUACCAACUUCCAAAUAUUCUAUUUUAGGAAAGCCAAAAAAGGUGGAAGGAGAUGAAAGCUGGCGCAUAAGUAAUGUAAUGAUGGCUAAGGAAGAGUGUGCCAUGGUGAAAUGCAACACAGAACAGAAAGCAAGGAAGGUGAAACGGCGUUGGCAAAAUCCAAUACAGAAUGUCCCGAGGGGGCAUUGUUGA